ACGACACUGCAAACUAAUAUUCAGAACUGCAGCAGUAAACAGUGACUGUGAAAUCGUCGACAGUAUGUUAUUUAUAUUUUUGACUAUAGCUGCCGUAAUUGUGGUGUUAAUCUAUAUUCGCAUUUCAUCACGAGAGUUCGAUCACUGGAAAAAGCAAGGUGUUAAACAUGAGAAACCACUGCCACUUAUUGGGAAUAUGUUACCAGCAAUCAUAUGUUCAAAAUCCCUGACUGAGAUAAUAAAAUACUUUUACGAUGCCUUCCCAACAGAACGGUACGUAGGAGUUUACGAAUUCGCAAAACCAGUCCUUUUAAUUAGAGAUCCUGAACUUAUUAAAAGUUUAACAAUAAAAAAUUUUGAACAUUUUGUGGAUCACUCCGGUUUUGUGGCAAGUGGAAUUGACCCUAUAUGGGAGAAAGGUCUCUUUGCAAGUCAAGGUGAAAGAUGGCGAGAUCUUCGGCAAACCUUGAGCCCUGCUUUUACAAGUAGCAAAAUGCGCGCUAUGUUUUUUCUUAUGGACGAAUGUGCUAAACAAUUAAUCCAUUUCUUAAGUACGGAAAAUAAGGACGUAAUAAACGUGGAUUUGAAGGACCUUUUUACGAGAUAUGCAAACGAUGUCAUAGCCACUACAGCUUUUGGCAUUAAAUGCGACUCGUUCAAGUUUAAAAAUAACGAAGUUUUAUUAAGUGGAAAAAGGUUUGCCGAUUUCACCGGUUUAAAGAAGUUUAAAUUUAUGUUGUACGGGAAUCCAGUUCUUGCAAAGUUUCUCAAUGUUAAACUCGUCCCUGACCAAGUGGCAAACUUCUUUAGAACUAUCAUCGACGAAACGGUCAGAGUGCGAGAAGAGAAAAAAAUUACACGUCCGGACCUCAUUCACUUGAUGAUGUUAUCCCGCAAAGGGAAACUGAAAUUCGAAGAGUACAUAAAAUUACCUAAAGACGGUUUUGCAGCCGUUGAAGAGUCAGAAACUGGAAGAAAUGAGAAUAAUCCGAAAUACUUAACCAACGAAGAUAUAACAGCCCAAGUCUUGGUAUUUUUUCUUGGUGCUUACGACACAUCUUCUUCUACGAUAGCGUUUGCUGGGUACGAACUUGCUGUUAACCCUCUUAUCCAAAAGAAACUCAGACAGGAGUUAGGCAAAGCGCAUAAAGCGUGUGAUGGUAACAUCACAUACGAGAAGUUACUAGAACUAAAGUACCUGGACAUGGUAAUUUCUGAAACUUUACGAAAAUGGCCACAAGGUUCUAGACUGGAUCGCAAAUGCACAAAAGCGUUUGAAAUUCAACCAGAACGAGUUGGUGAACAAGUGGUAAAACUUAAAGAGGGUGAUUUUUGCUGGAUACCAGUUUAUGGUCUACAUAUGGACCCAAAUUAUUUUCCUAACCCCGAUGCUUUUGAUCCUGAAAGAUUUAAUGAUGAAAAUAUCGAAAAAAUUCAACCAUGUACAUAUUUGCCUUUUGGUAGUGGCCCAAGGAACUGCAUCGGAUCUAGAUUUGCUUUGUUGGAAACGAAAAUUGUUCUCUAUUAUCUUUUGUUAGAGUUUGAAUUUGUACCUACGGAGAAGACGCAAAUUCCAAUAAAAAUUAGAAAAGACAGCGCUUUACUGCUCCCAGAAAAAGGAUUUCACAUAGGGUUUAAACGCUCCAGAAUUUUCUAAAAU